AGCAAUGGACGAUAACUUUCAGCUCGGAAAUGCUGGAUCGGUGAAAAGCGGUGCAAAAUCUGGAAGAAGGGCUCGACUCACUGCGGACCAGUCGUCGUUUGAGGAAGCUCGUUAUGUUAGGAAGUCCUCCACCUCUGCUUCAAUGGGAGAGGGCCCCCCUCCUAAACCAGCCCGGAGGCAGGGAGGCUGGGCAGAAGAAAGCUCUGGGUCCGGUUCUGCCAAAUCUUCAAGACGACCUGCAGCAGAGGAUCUGGAAGACCGCCGCCUGCGACCACAAACUCCCCAGCGAUCAGAUGAUGAGGGAGAUAUUCCAGUGAUUCCAGACCUCGAUGAGGUACAGGAAGAGGAUCUCACCAUGCAAGUUGCCGCUCCACCAAGCAUUCAGGUAAACCGGGUAAUGACCUACAGAGAUCUGGACAAUGAUCUGAAGUAUUACUCUGCGUUCCAGACCCUUGAUGGAGAGAUUGACUUGAAGCUUCUCACCAAGGUUUUAGCACCAGAGCAGGAGGUGAAAGAGGUGAGUGGGUUUUUAGUAAAUAUAGCUUGUGAGCUCCCAGCAAAUGCCUGUCCAGCUGUUUCUGGAGCACCAGGGGAGGUUGCCACUCUGUCUCCCAGGUAAUCAAGAUUUAUGAUGUGUACAUUAACACCCUCUGCUCUCCUUCCCUGUUCUCCUCUCUUUGCGCCCUUCAUUCCCCACACUCUCUUUCUUGGUUUGUUUCACUGUGCCUCUUUAAUUCUUCUUUUCUCCCUGUCUUCUGUCUUUCCUUUGCUCCGCAGGAAGAUGUGAGCUGGGACUGGGAUCAUCUGUUUACAGAGGUGUCCUCAGAG